GUGUGACUCGGGGGGUUCCCAUCUGUUUGGGGGAGUUUUCUCUAUCUGAUGUGACUCAGUGGAUGUUUGUUUAACUUGACUUCAUGUUCACAUAAAAUCUCAUAAAACAUGAUGUCUUUGUCAGGGAUUCAAUUCAACUGUGAGAAACAUAUGGAAAAGACUAUAGGCCUGUGGAAAACUGGCCAGAUUCGCAUGGAAAUUGCGUAAUCCAGAUUAGCCAAAACCUAUACUUUAACAGUUUUUCAUACAAUACAUUUAUCAUUUGACUCCAUAUGUAUUGUCCGCCACCAUUUUAGUUUUUAAUCGACACAAAAUAAUUUGGAACUUCCCUGGGUAUUUCAGGGAGAUACAUUUAUCCAUACUUUACUUUCAUUUUCAGUUCAGCAGUCAUAAGGCGACUAUUCCUUGUUGUGGUUGUUCAACAUUAGUUCUGAAAGACACGGAUGAGCUUUUUGGAAUUACAGUUUUUUAGCAGAAGUUAAUGUUUUAUUGUUCUGUUCUCUUUGUGUUGACACAGCUGUUAAAGUCAAUACUCUUUGGAGUGGGCCUGAGGUGGUCACCCAAUCUGGGGCCGAGGUGGGGAGGCAGGAGGAAGGGGGAAAGUGAGCAUUGAACCCUGAACCCUGUUUGUGUCUCGUGGUUUUGGUCUGAUCUGAAGAAUAUUCAGCCCUGGUCCUAGUUUUGAAGGAAGCAGUGAUGUGGUUGGCUCCUUGGACGUGUGGAUUGCUGAGUGGAGGCCGCCGUAGGACCGGGUCUGUCUACCAGGCUGUGUUGAGUAACGUCAAACACACAGCGGCAGAUAGACAGAGCUCGACGCAGGAGAUUGGCGAGGAGGCCGAGGAGGGAGCCGUCUUCACCAUCACCCUGAGGAAAGUGCAGCUGCACCAGUCGGCCAGCAAGGGGCAGCGGUGGCUGGGCGUGGAGACAGACUCCGCCCUCAGCCUGUACGAGACCUGCAAGGUGCGCACCAUCAAGGCGGGCACCCUGGAGCGGCUGGUGGAGUACAUGGUGUCUGCGUUCCGCGGCAAGGACUCCACCUAUGCCACCAUCUUCCUCUGCACUUACCGCUCCUUCGCCUCCACCAAGCAGGUGCUGGAUCUCCUGUUCAACAGGUAUGCCAGGCUGCAGAACAAGUCCUCAGCUGAAGGAAGCAGACUCUCGCAGGAGGACUGCACUGAGCGGAGGAACACUGUCUCUUCCAUCCUGGGGGCGUGGCUGGACCAGUACUCUGAGGACUUUUGGACCCCUCCGGAGUACGGAUGUUUACACCAGCUGCUCUCCUACCUUCGCCUGCACUUCCCCGGCUCCGACCUGGAGCGGCGAGCUCGCAACCUGCUGGCCCACUUCCACCACCGGCACCAGUGUGAGCCGGACCUUGACGUGGAGCAUAUCGGCUGCCCCUUCGCCACACAGGAAGAGAGCGGCUUCGAGGACGAGCUUCCUGGCCUGAACUUCCUGUCGUUCGACCCCAUCAUGGUCGCGGAGCAGUUUACACUCAUGGACGCGGACCUGUUCAAGAAGGUGGUCCCCUACCACUGCCUGGGGGGGAUCUGGUCCCAAAGGGACAAGAAGGGGAAGGAGCACCUGGCCCCCACCAUCAGAGCUACUGUGGCCCAGUUCAACUGUGUAACCAACUGUGUCAUCAGCACCUGCCUGAGCAACCCUACGUUGAAGCCCACCCAGAGAGCCAGGCUGGUGGAGCGCUGGAUCGAGGUGGCCCGGGAAUGUCGCAUCCUGAAGAACUUCUCGUCCCUGCGAGCCAUUCUCUCUGCCCUGCAGUGUAACUCCCUCCACCGCCUCAAGAGGACCUGGGACGAGGUGUCCAGGGAGAAUUUCCGCACGUUCAGAGAGUUGUCCGAGAUCUUCUCAGACGACAACAACUACUCUCUGAGCAGAGAGCUCUUAGUCAAGGAGGGAACUUCUAAAUUUGCCACUCUGGAAAUCAACCCCAAACGAGCUCAGAGGAGACACCAACAGCAGAGAGAUCUGGGGGUGAUGCAGGGGACCAUUCCUUACCUGGGCACCUUUUUGACCGACCUAGUUAUGAUGGACACAGCCAUGAAGGACUACACAGAGGGUGGACUCAUCAACUUUGAGAAGCGGAGAAAGGAGUUUGAGGUGAUCGCCCAGAUCAAGCUGCUGCAGCUGGCAUCCAACAACUACAGCUUCACCCAGGACAGCCACUUCAGAGAGUGGUUCUCGGGGGUGGAGAGACUCAGUGAAGCGGAGAGCUACACACUGUCUUGUGAGAUCGAGCCGCUGUCAGAGUAUGCCAGCAACACUCUCAGAGCCAAGAAAAACGGGGGGAUAAUGAAACGCUGGAGCGAUCGCCAGCUGACCGAAGCAAGCUCCAGCAGUGCAGGAAGCUCCCAUUCCAAGUCCUUCGACCAGACCCACUUCAGGCUGUAUCAGGGAGGGGGAGGGGACAGCGGUGACGCACUUAGCAUUGGCUCCAGUGGCUCCGAUCUGGAGGACGUUAACCCCGGUUUCCUGUCCGACUCACCAGAGGGCCACGAGAGGAAGACAUCAACACCCUCAGUAAAACAUUCUGUCUCCGCUUUGGGGAAAGAGGGCCACACUCCUGAUCCAAACGCUACGUUCUGGGAGUCCACUUCCCUGUCGUCCCUGGACACCUCGGGGAUGGGCUCGGGCUCCAGCAGUGCCUCGUCCACCUCCGUUUCCUCGUCCACCCCCCUCCCGUCCGCUCGCUCCCACAAGCGCUCCGUGUCGGCCGUGUCCAACUACUCCAACCUCUCCCUGCCCCUCUACAACCAGCAGGUGGACGACUGCUGCAUCAUCCGCGUCAGCCUGGACGUGGAAAACGGGAACAUGUACAAGAGCAUACUGGUGACCAGUCAAGACAAGACCCCAGCCGUCAUCAGGAAAGCCAUGGUCAAACACAACGUGGAGCGAGAGAAAACGGAAGACUAUGAGCUGAUGCAGAAAAUUUCAGACGAUAAAGAGCUGCGGAUACCAGACAAUGCCAAUGUCUUCUAUGCCAUGAACUCAACUGCCAACUAUGACUUUGUUUUAAAAAAGCGAGGUUCAUCAAAGACAGGCAGGGCCAAAAGUGUUGCCAGCUCCACACUGCCCCGUAUGAAACAGAAGGGGCUGAAAAUCGCCAAAGGGAUCUUCUGAGGACACUUCAACCUUUAGAAAAAAAUACAAAAAUACAAAACAAGUCUGCUGGAUGAAGGCCCUUUCUGUUCGAGGUGAAAGUUCUUCAGAGCUACAAUCAGUUACAAAAGAACCCAGUGGAACUAAAGGACCAACGGCUAAACACUACAGAACCUUUCCGGAAAAGCAAUAGGAUGCUAUCCUGCUUCAGUCUGAGGGAAGGAACGCUUCAGAGUAAGCUGUCCUUCAUCUCACCUGGCGGCCGGAGAUAAUGAUGUCAACAGUGUUGUUUACCUGUGCAGGUUAUUGGGACCCCUUACAUGUGCUGCCCAAAUUCUGUCUGUGCACGGAAUGCACUAUACAGAAGCACACAGCCUUUAGAACAAUGAAAGACUGAGGAUGUGACUAUUUUGGAUACCGUGGAGGUGAGGAGAGCAUUAACUGUUUACUGCAGACGCUGCCGUACUCACUUUACGUGGGUUGACGUCUGUGCCAUUUCUGUCAUUGAAAAAAGGCGGGAAAUGUAGAUCCAAGUGUUUUUUUUUUAUUGUUUCACAAACCCUACAAGGACGACUUCAGUUAUCUUUUGAAAAUAUUUCACCCGACAUGGGACAGAAUGUGUCAAAAAGAACAAGACUGAUGUAUGUUACAACAAAGUAUGAGAGAAACCUUAGGCAAGAAGGUGAUAUUGUGUCGAAUAUUUAAGGACCCCAUUUUAACAGUACAAUACUAUUUGGCAAAUACGUUCUUUGGUUCUGUAGCUCUUUACUUUGCUAUGGUGCUGAUCAUUAUUUUAUUUUUUUUCUCCAAUCACCAUUCUCUUUCCCUUACAUUGGUGACGGCAGGCAUUACUCUCAGACUGUCCUAUGACUGCAUUAGAUUUGGUUUGACUUAAAUAUCCACUUAUGCAGGGGAUCCUAUGAUGGCGUAUCCUUCAUUGCCUACAGGAAACAAACAUGGUUUUUAAACCAUAGUAGAACUCGCCAGUACUUUCAGUGGGAUCUUGGUCAUCUGUUACUGCCUGAUGAAUGCCCCUCGUGGAUGUUUAAACAGCUGCCACAUGCAUGCAAGAGGAAGUCUAAUGUAAGGACACCGGAACAUUAUCCUAGAUCAGCUUAUUGGUGCCAAUCAUGUAUGAGCUUGCAGUUAAAGGUAUGCCAGUACACAGUCUAUAUUAUGGUUAUCAAUAUUUCACUUAAUUUGCACUGUGGUACAUGCCGAUAGUCUUGUUGGGUGCAUGCUCUUCCUAAUAUCCUUCAUGGAUUGGUUUGAUCAACGUUUGCCAAUAUGACAGAAGAGGUUGAAUGUGGUGAUGUCUCUGGUUAAAGAGGUACUGGAGAGAGAUGUACAUGUAUACGUUUUAGGAUGGAAGGCAUAUGAUUGGCUCUCUCUUCAUCACUGUGAUUUGCUCUCCCCCCUUGCUAAUGAACACUGUGAUUGGAUAUUUCCACUGUGCUAAUCACACUGAUUAGCUGCUUUUAUACUAAACACUGUGACUAUUCACUAGUCUCUUGUUGUUAAUGCUUAAUAUGAAACUAUACUCUUGGUCUGUGAGCUGAGAUUAGUCAAAUGGCCUAAGACGAUGUACCAAAAUUAUGGACAUUUAGAGUAGACGGACUGAUAA